GAGAGGGAGGUACGGAUGCGGGAGGGGGCCAGUAAGCUACUGGCAGCUUGUACCAGGAGAGAGCAGGCCCUGGAGGCCUCCAAGAGCCUGCUAACCUGCAAUGCUCGCAUUCUGGCUUUGCUCAGCCAACUGCAGAAGAUGAGGAAAGCUCAGAUUCUACAGAGAGUGGGACGCAGGCCAUCUGAAGAUGUUAUGCCAUGUUUGGGAAAAGUAUCCCUUUCAGACUUGCGAAUUCCGCUGAUGUGGAAAGACUCAGAGUACUUCAAAAACAAAGGAGAGCUGCAGCGCUGUGCUGUGUUUUGCCUGCUUCAGUGUGGCACAGAGAUCCAUGACACUGAUCUGGUGAUGGUAGACAGGACUUUAACUGACAUCUGUUUUGAAGACAUCAUCACGUUCAAUGAGGUAGGUCCAGAGUUUCAGCUUCGUGUUGAGCUGUACAGCAGUUGUGCAGUGGAGGAUUUCUCCCCGGGGGCUCUAGGACCCAGGAGAGGGAGCCGUCUUGGGGGCUCAGUGGGAUGCUCCUCAGGGAAAAAGAUCCGUGCUGCGUUUGAGUCUGCUGCUGUUUGUGGGUCCAGUGGAGGAAAUGUAGGAUCUGGAAGUGUGUCGCCACCCUCGUCCCCUGACCUGUCUACACUGGGGCCUAAGUUUAACCUGCUGGCUCAUACAACACUGAAAAUCCAACAUGUCCAGGAAGGUUUUAAGACCCAUGAUUUGUCACUAGCAGCAACAGAGGAUAAUCCAUUCUGGUUGCCUCUGUAUGGCAAUAUGUGCUGCCGUCUAGUUGCUCAGCCUCUGUGCAUGAUUCAGCCAAUCAUAAAUGGCCAACUUAAGGUUAAGCUUGGAGAGGACCUUAAUUGUUGGGAAAAUGCUUACGGCAUCCUCAGGGGCCACAGUCUCCUCUGCUAUCAGAGUCAAGAGGACCUGGAGUCUGAGGACAAGCCAUUUGUUGUUAUCCCCAUCAAAAAGGAUACCCUUGUCUGUGUGUCAGAGAGAGACCCUGUCCAUUGCCAGAAUAUAUACAUCAGCACACAGUGUCAAGGAGAAGAUGUAACCUACACGCUGGCCACGCACACACCUGAAGACACGCAACGCUGGACCAAGGCCAUCUGGCAGCACGUCUUUAACAUGAGCCAUUGGAAGCAGUGUUGUGAUCACCUCAUGAAGAUUGAAAUGCCGAGCUCCAGGAAAGCCAUCACAGUGAAGCAGGGAUCACUAUACCAUGAAAUAGUGUCACCUCCCUCUCCUCGAGAGGGUCUUGUGGCUCCAGAUUUAUCCGUUGAGAUCCGCACGUUGCUCUCUUCCUACUACAAGGAAAGUUAUUGAUGACCCUACCACGGUUGCACUGGAGGAGUGAGAAACUCUUCUUAUUUUGUUUGUGGUUACCACGCCUGGUCAUGGAAACAGACAUGGACAUGAUAAAUGGUGCUAUUUCAAAAUCUGCAGAGGACAUUUCCAAACUUAGUGUUAAUAUUGGUUAUUUUUCCAUUCUUCUACCUCUCUGCUGCUCUGACUUUUAACUAUUUACUUACCCAGCAAUUAUAAUAAAAACAAAAAAGAGUGAAAGUCUGAUAUACCAACCUCAAACUGACUGUAUGGUCAUUUUAAAUGCAUAAAAAUCUCACUGUAUUAUUGUCUAGCAAUAUUGUAUAUUUUGUACAUGUAAAGAGAGACCAGUACAUCUACUAAGAGGCCUCCAGCAGUUACUCUGUUGACUCUUAAUCAG